AUGGAGGCAAGUUUGACAGAUGGAGAACUUGACCGAAUUUUGAUCUUGCCAUAUUCAGAAGUUGCUGAAGGUGAAGAGACACUUCUUGGUGAUAGCAAAGAUGUCCUUGGCCCACCAACUGUUAUAGCAAACAGUGAAGAAUCUCAACUUCUGACACCAGGAAAGAUGAGUCAACGCCAAGGGAAAGAAGCUUACCCCACUCCAACCAAAGACUUGUGUCAGCCAUCUCUCAGUCCUGCAAGCCUUCAUAGUCAGGGUUUUGAAAGAGGAAGGGAAGACAAUUCUCAAAAUAGAGAUGACUCUUCACUUUCUAUGUCAAAGAGCAAGUCUGAAUCUAAACUUUAUAAUGGCUCGGAGAAGGACAGUACAGCUUCAAGCAAGCUCACAAAAAAAGAAUCUCUCAAGGUGCAAAAGAAAAAUUACCGAGAAGAAAAGAAAAGAGCCACAAAGGAAUUACUCAGUUCAAUCACAGAUCCUUCUGUUAUUGUCAUGGCUGAUUGGUUGAAGAUACGUGGUACUCUAAAGAGCUGGACUAAGUUGUGGUGCGUUUUGAAACCUGGGGUGCUACUGAUCUAUAAAACCCAAAAAAAUGGUCAGUGGGUAGGAACAGUCCUUCUGAAUGCCUGUGAAAUCAUUGAGCGUCCAUCAAAAAAAGAUGGCUUUUGUUUCAAACUGUUUCAUCCUUUGGAGCAAUCUAUUUGGGCAGUGAAGGGUCCAAAAGGUGAAGCAGUUGGAUCCAUAACUCAGCCCUUACCUAGCAGUUACUUGAUCAUCCGAGCUACUUCAGAGUCAGAUGGAAGGUGCUGGAUGGAUGCUUUGGAGUUGGCUUUGAAAUGUUCUAGUCUUCUUAAACGUACAAUGAUCAGGGAAGGGAAGGAACAUGAUCUGAGCAUUUCAUCAGAGAACACACAUGUGACUUUGUAUGGCUUAUUACGUGCUAACAAUCUUCACAGUGGUGACAACUUCCAGUUAAAUGAUAGUGAAAUUGAACGACAGCAUUUUAAGGACCAAGAUAUGUAUUCUGAUAAAUCCGAUAAAGAAAAUGAUCAAGAGCAUGAUGAGUCUGACAAUGAGGUGAUGGGGAAAAGUGAAGACAGUGACACAGAUACAUCAGAAAGGCAAGAUGACUCAUACAUUGAACCUGAGCCUGUCGAGCCUCUAAAGGAGACCACCUACACUGAACAGAGCCAUGAGGAACUCGGAGAGGCAGGUGAGGCUUCUCAAACAGAAACUGUGUCUGAAGAAAACAAAAGCCUUAUCUGGACACUGCUGAAACAAGUCCGUCCUGGUAUGGAUCUGUCCAGGGUGGUUCUGCCUACAUUUAUUUUGGAACCUCGUUCUUUCCUGGAUAAACUUUCAGAUUAUUACUAUCAUGCAGAUUUUCUGUCUGAGGCUGCUCUUGAAGAAAAUCCUUAUUUCCGUUUGAAGAAAGUAGUGAAAUGGUAUUUGUCAGGAUUCUAUAAAAAACCAAAGGGCCUGAAGAAACCUUAUAAUCCUAUACUUGGUGAGACUUUUCGUUGUCUGUGGAUUCACCCCAGAACAAACAGCAAAACUUUUUAUAUUGCUGAACAGGUGUCCCAUCACCCACCAAUAUCUGCUUUUUAUGUUAGUAACCGAAAGGAUGGAUUUUGCAUUAGUGGUAGUAUCCUGGCUAAGUCCAAGUUCUAUGGAAACUCAUUAUCUGCAAUAUUAGAUGGAGAAGCACGAUUAACUUUCUUGAAUAGAGGUGAAGAUUAUGUAAUGACAAUGCCAUAUGCUCAUUGUAAAGGAAUUCUUUAUGGCACAAUGACACUGGAGCUUGGUGGAACAGUCAAUAUUACAUGUCAGAAAACUGGAUACAGUGCAAUACUUGAAUUUAAACUAAAGCCAUUUCUAGGUAAUAGUGACUGUGUUAACCAAAUAUCAGGGAAACUUAAAUUGGGAAAAGAAGUCUUAGCUACGUUGGAAGGCCAUUGGGAUAGUGAAGUUUUUAUUAAUGACAAGAAGACUGAUAAUUCAGAGGUUUUCUGGAAUCCAACACCAGACAUUAAGCAAUGGAGAUUAAUAAGACACACUGUAAAAUUUGAAGAGCAGGAAGACUUUGAAUCAGAGAAACUUUGGCAGCGAGUAACUCGAGCCAUAAAUGCAAAAGAUCAAACAGAAGCUACUCAAGAGAAGUGUGUUUUAGAGGAAGCUCAAAGACAAUCUGCCAGAGAUCGGAAAACAAAAAAUGAAGAGUGGACUUGCAAGUUAUUUGAACUUGAGCCACUUACAGGAGAAUGGCAUUACAAGUUUGCAGAUACUCGACCAUGGGACCCACUUAAUGAUAUGAUACAGUUCGAAAAAGAUGGUGUUAUCCAGACCAAAGUGAAACAUCGCACUCCAAUGGUUAGUGUCCCAAAAAUGAAACAUAAGCCAACCAGACAACAGAAGAAAGUGGCAAAAGGCUAUUCAUCUCCAGAACCUGAUAUCCAGGACUCAUCUGGAAGUGAAGCUCAACUAGUAAAACCAAGUACAAGAAGAAAGAAAGGGAUAGACUUGGGAGACAUUCAAAGUUCCAUUGAAUCCAUAAAACAAGCACAGGAAGAAAUUAAAAGAAAUAUUACGGCUCUUCGAAAUCAUUUAGUUUCAAGCGCACCUGCCACGGAUUAUUUUUUGCAACAAAAAGACUACUUCAUCAUUUUCCUCCUGAUUUUUCUUCAAGUUGUAAUAAACUUCAUGUUUAAAUAG